AUCGAACCGAAUGAAAUCCCUUUGCUUUUAGUCGUCUCUUCCUAUUUUAAAGUUAAACACCACAACACUUCUUUCUUGCUUUGGUGGGUUCUCUCUCUCUUUCUGUAAAACAUUUUACCUUCUGUCUUUGCAAAGUCCUCAAGAACGCUCUCACCCUGCGAUAACUACUUCACUUGGCUUAUAUACCCAUUUUCAAAGCUUGUAGCAUUUACAACUUGGUGUUGAUAUGGCAACAAGAUGAAGAAAAGAAUGGUGUUUUAGAUGGAUAAAGAUAUGGAAGAUGUUGAUAAACGGUAUGAGUGGCUCCACUCAGAACAUUCUUCUUCUUCUGCUGCUGGUGAGAUUUUUGGAGAGCCACAAAGGACUGCUCGGAUAGGAGAUGAAUACCAGGCACAAAUCCCAUUUUUGAUGACAGAAAAAGAGCAACUCACAACCUGUCAACAUGCUCAAAACAAAUUCAGAUUCGGUCUGUCGAUUCCAGUCAUUUGGAUUCACGUUCAACAUGCAAAGGGUGGGGGUAAGGGUAAAUCUGGAACAAACUGUCUGGUUCCUGGUUCAUCAAGUGAGUCAUGGAGCAUGAUGGAACAUGAUAGUUUUCUUCUUGGUUUAUAUAUAUUUGGCAAGAAUCUUGGUCUUGUGAACAAAUUUAUGGGGAAUAAAGGAAUGCGAAAUGUAGUAUCUUACUACUAUGGAAAGUUCUAUAGAAGUGGUGAACACCAAAAAUGGUCAAAGUUUCGGAAGAAGAGAAGCAGAAAGUCUGUACCUGGAAAAAAGAUUUUCAAAGGGUGGAGGCGACAUGAGCUUUUGUCCCGCUUACUUCCUAAUGUCACAGAUGAAUGCAAAACUAGUUUGACACAGGUGACUAGAAUGUAUGAGGAGGAAAAAAUUUCAUUUGACAAAUAUGUACUGACUGUAAGGGAUGCAGUGGGCAUCAAUCUUCUUGUAGAAGCCAUAGCCAUUGGGAAAGGAAAACGAGACCUUUCUGGUAGGGCCAAGAAGUCGAUGAAAAACAAGAAGCUUAACAGCAGCUCUGCAAUUGCAUGCUCCUCACUUGAACCACAGGAAAUUGUCAACCUUUUGAAGGAUGGAAUCGGAUUAAGCAAAGAAAGAUUAAAUGAAAUCUUCUGGGAAGUUGUGUGGCCUCGCCUUUUAGCAAGAGGAUGGCACUCUGAGCAGCAUAGAAAUUAUGCCUUCCAAAACUCUCAUAACCACAACAACCAAAACCACUCUUUGGUGUUUCUUGCACCUGGAGUCACAAAGUUUUCAAGACGAAGCCUCGAGAAAGGAAGUCAAUAUUUUGACUCCUUCAAUGAACUCCUGAACAAAGUUGCAUCAGAACCAUGGAUUCUUGAACAAGUACCUGACAACGACCAGGAGCACUCGGAUGAGGAUAAACAAAAGGAUUUGAUGAAAUGCACGAUUGUGGAUACCAGUUUGGCUGGGGUUGUUAAAGUGAGUGAGGUUACAAGUUUGCAUGUCCCCCAACAAUCAUCAUCUGGAGAAUCCGAACAAGAAACAACAGAAGAAUCUCAAGAAGAAAAUGCGAAUCAUGGUGUUGUUGAUUCGCAAGAUUGUGAGACUAGUGGUGUGGACCAUCUUGAGGAAGGAAAACCUGUAAGAAAACUUAAGUUGAUAUGCAAAGUGCCAAAACCAAGAAAACAUAACACGAGCAAUAAUGACAAGUUGUUGAGUUGUGAAGAUGAAGCUAUGGAAGAAGAUCCAGGUUGUAAGAAGAAGGGUGGAGGUAUAGUGAUAGACUUGAACAGGCCUCGAGUGGGUCCGGAUUCAGAUGGUGAUAACUCAGUUUUACAUGAAUGUGAAACAGCCACCAACCAAGCCAAGUUGAAUGGUGGUCAAAGGCAGAGCAGAAGAAACCGGCCAUUGUCAAUGAAAGCAUUAGAGGCUCUUGCUAAUGGAUUCCUGAACCCAAAGAAGAAGAGGAGAGGGACAGGGACAGAGGAGACAAGGGGUAGGUGUGUUCGUGCUAAAAGUAAAACUGCUCUUGUCUCAAGUUGUGGUGCACGCUACAUUGAAAACAGCAGCAGGGUGGAAGGAGUCUUCAGUGUGGUCAGUGAGUCUCCAAAAUGAAAUAUACCAAUACCUCAUACCUGUAGCUUGUUGCUCCUUGCUAUAACUUGAUGACAUUCUCAUCGACUUUUAUAUGAACCUGUUGAGCUCUUCUACCAAAUCCCACCUAAGCAUAUACUUUGAAUA